UCCCUCUUUAAAUAUUCUUGUUAUAUUUUCUCAAAUUAGUCAUUUAUAAAAUGCCUUUUUCCUCCUUUUCAACAUCAACAAAAUUUGCAUCUACCUAUUAUUCUUUUGACUCUCUAAUGGAUCCACCGGAAAACACCGCCGGAAAAUCACCAAGACGAGAGCUCCAAGGACCACGUCCGGCCCCACUUAAAGUACGUAAAGAUUCUCAUAAAAUCAGAAAACCACCAGUACCACCAUCACAACACCACCACCACCACCAUCAACAACCACUAGGUCCACCGCGACCACCGGUUAUAAUAUAUACCGUGUCUCCUAAGGUAAUCCAUGCAAACCCUAGCGAGUUCAUGACGUUAGUACAAAGACUAACCGGGCCAAAUCAUCAUUCCGCCACGUGUUCUACCUCGGAAACUGCCACGUCAUCAUUUUAUCAAGAAAAUAUGAAUACCGGUGCAAUAUCUCCAGCAGCUAGGUUUGCGUCGAUAGAGAAAACAAGGGUACAAGAAGGGAAAAAGUUGCAAAAAAAUUGUGAAAAUAUCGAAAAUUAUAAUAAUAUGGUACAUGAAGGUAUAGAAAUAGGUACUGAUAUUGAACGUAGUGGGUUUUUUCCUGGAAUAUUAUCACCAAAUCCAUCUUCACUUCAACCUAUACCACCAAAUUUUUUUUCACCACCAUCAAAUGAUCCAAAUCCAUUAGGGUUUUUUUACGACUUAAGUCCCGUGUUACAUAACAACAACAACGUCAACAACAAGAAUUAUUUUGAAUUACCAAAUUUCUUGCCUAGCCCUUCAAAUAAUAAUUUCAUUUCUCCGCGAUUAUUUUUAUCUCCCGGUACUCCAUCUUUUGAUCUUUUCAAUAACUUAUUCGAUGUUUGAUAUAUAUAUAUAUAUAUAUAUAUAUACUUAAUUAGUCACUCCAUUUGAGCUUCGAAAUUCUUCAAUGGCGAGAUUGGAAGGGCAGAAAUGGAAUUUCAGAUAUCAGCUAGGACACAAGGAGAAAAGUCAAAAUAUCAGCUAGGGUGUUUCUCACAAGUGGAGGUUCUUUAUUUUUCUUUUUUACUAUUUUGACCUUUUGUAUUUGAAAUUAUUGACUAUUUUAUCAUAAGCAUUUUUGGGUGAAAUAUAAUUAAAUAGGUUUUCAUUUUUGUAUCUGUGUUUUGACAUCAUCAUAUUAUUUUUUUUAGUUUUGCCACACAUUUUGGAUUGUAAUUUCCAGCAUAUAUAUAACAUUUUUUACUAAUUAUUUGUUACAAAUUCUGUAUUUUGGGAGGGCUUCUUUUUUUUUUGUAUUUUGGAUAUUAAUGUUGUGUUAAGAAAAAAUGUUCUUUUUUCUCUCUUUUUAAGUGACAGCUCAAAGAAAUAAAUGAGGUUUGAUACUUGUGGACCUGUAAGAGUUGAGUGCAUCUACUUGACAUUUUAAUGGGACCCUUGGAUUAAAAGUUUAUCUUUGUAAAAUA